UGGCGCUAGCCCCGUCGUACUAUGCUGCCUACCUGACAUGACGUUUUACGUAUCCGUGUGUGGGCUUGUUAGUGCAGUUCACGACCUGAAAUGGCUGGUUCCAGGGUUCCGGAAGGGUGAUAACGAGCUUGUGAUUCGUGACAAACCCACGUGCUUCAGAGCUGCCGGACACUGCGACCGUAUGAACCAACUCGCGGCUCCGGCAGCGAUGCGGUAUCGUUGCUAAAAUGUCAGCGAAGGAAGCCCUUGAAGCCCUAUGGAGUGCCUACCAAAUCAAGCGGAAUUCCACCACACUGUCGGAUUACAUGGUGGAGUUUCGCCGUCAGUACGGCGACUGCUUGAAGACGGAUUUCCCAGCUAACCCAAGCAGGUCUGUUGGGAGCCCUCAUCUGAUAGACCUUCCUGAAGGAUUCCUUCAGGUUGUGGAGUUGUACCUGAGGGAGUGUAGCGAUGAAUGCAACACAGGUGUUACUGUUGAAACGGUGCAAAAGGCCAGUGUGGCUGUUCAAGUGCUCAGCAUACUGUCACGCAACUUCAACAACAUUCCAUUUGUUUCAACUAGCGAUGCAGUGCCUCUUGUCAUAGUGAUUUCAUCAGCUGUUGCCAACCAGUACACUCAGCACUCUAAAGAUGCAAACGACCAGAACACAGCAAGUUUCCUCCUCUCCGUGCUGGUCUUCCUCGAAGUCCUGUACGACCCGCAUCUCACCUGGCAGAAGAUGUGCGCCAAGGUCCCCUUGGAUUCAACGAAGUGUAAAGUUAGCCCAUCACAUCUUCACCUUGAAGUUAUUCCAUUUUUCUAUGAUUGCCUCAGUUCAAAGCCUUGCUUUUUACCUGCCUCAAUACAGAUGAAGCUCAUUCACGUUUUUGGUGCAAUCAUUUGUGGAGCCCAGCACAAUGCUCAAGUGGCAAUAAACCAGAACACAGUAGAAAUCCUGUUCCACCGACUGCGGGAACAGGAAUGCCCUCUUGAGGUGAAGAUGACAGCGGUUCGAUGCAUCCUGCAAGGUAUUGUCACCCUGUGUGCCUCACCACCGGAAGCAAGAAAGGUGGACCUGAAUGCAUUCGUGCGCGAGUACUUGGGGACUCUGUCCAAGCUGAUGACUGAAGAAGAGAAGCCCACACAAGUGGAUACAGCUCAGUGGAUGAUGAGUGGUCUGCAAGAACUCUUUUCAUCGAACAGCAAUUUGGCCUUAAAGAAGGUGUUUCAUGACAACGAAAUGGUUGAACGCCUUAUUCGCUCUCUUCAUGGAACCAAGUUAAAGAGUGGCAGUGCCCAGAAAAUGGCCACCUCCUCCGUGCGGCUGAUUCACGUCUUCCUUUCCAGUUUUCCUUUCGCAAAGAAACAUUUCUCAAGCAUGCAAGGUUACCGUACUCUGAUAAGCACGCUCAAGACGAUGGGAGAGCCUCAGCAGUGUACACUGGAAACACUUCUUGAAUGGCUGGUUGAAGAGACGCCGCGCCUGACGGGGACGUCAUCGACGCUUCGCAACUUGGAGCUGAUGAUACACCUGCUGCACUGGCUCCCUCAGCUCGAGUCGCACUCCCUUCAGCUCUGGCUGGCUGAGCAGCUCGACUCCAUGGUGAAAGGGUCGCUCAGGUCGCGCAUGGCCUGCGCACAGGGCGGUGUUAUCCCUGCCAUCAUUCACGUCCUGAGCAGGAGCAGCACUAUUGGUGGCAAGGCUGUAGGCCAGCUCCUGAAGUUUCUGGUCACGCUGGCUUCCUGUUCCAUUAGCACGUCCGAACUGAAGGCACUUUUCCACUUGCUGCGGCCAAGUACUUCAGGAGAACAACACCAAUACACACUGCCACUGAUGUAUGCCCUGUCCAGCAUGGUGAGAAGUGACGGCUGGCUUGGGGCAUCUCACUUCUUUGACUUCAGUGAUCCAGACGAGGGAAUCCUCAUUCCGAACAUUAAAAGGUGGCCCGGAUCUGGGUUUGCGUUCCAUGCAUGGGUGCGUCUCGAGAAACUGAAUGCUCGCAAAGAAGCUGCAUUCCGAAGACAGUUCUACAGCUUCACAACCCCAAAUGGAACCUUGGAGUCAUUCUUCACUGCUCAGGGAAAACUAGUGGUUGCUGUUGCAACAAAGAAAGACUACUAUGCUGUUCCUGUGGAAGGUGUUACCCUGGACGACGAGACAUGGCACAGUGUGGAUGUCUGUCACACAGCAGCCCGUCGCCCGUUUACAAACAGUACCACGGUGGUUUUCAUCGAUGGACGGCAGCGUGUCAGCGUACAAGUGAAGCUGCCUUCACUUAGUGAGUUCUCGCAGUGUCAUGUUGCGUGUGGGAACCAAGCAUCUGCUUCAACUGGCGAGAGGCGUUCGGCCAAUGCAAGGGGCUCUGGCGACAGCUCUGGGUCCGCUUCAUCUGCUGAGCACAGUUCUGGUGCUGGUGAAGAGCAACUGAGCCAGAACACUGCAACCGGCGGCUUCCUCAAGAACAGUACCCUUGGGUCGUUCCUCAGUGGCUGGGACACCGAAAAGAUAUUCUCCAUGGCCCCGAGUGUCCCCGCCAACCUCAGAAGUGCCUUCAAUGCUGACCCUGACCCAUCUAUCAGUGUGUCGUCACUAGAGUCCCACGAGCAGGUUUGGGGUUUGUCCAGAGGUCUCAAGGGACAGAUUGGAUCACUGUGCCUCUUCAGCGAGCCUCUACAGGCAUCUCAAGUAAAAAUGAUGUACACUGGAGGCCCCAGGAACUAUACAUUAUUCAAGAAUGAAGACUCUGUAGAAGUUGCGGAGCUACUAGGAAAGCUGGUUCUUUACUACGACGCAAAGGCAUCUGUUGAUGGAACAUGUACAAACCUCGCCCCCUCUUCAUCCAUUUACGACGGCACGUUCAGUGGUCGCUACUGUCACACACAGAACGUCAAGGAUACAGUCAACUUGAUUGGUGGAUUCCCAACACUGUACGUUCUUCUGGAGAACUCUGGGAAGCCCAUUCCCAAGUGCUCUCCGAGCUUUGAGGCUGCUUCCACACCGUCCAGCAACAGAGCCUCGGAGGAAAUUGCAGAUGACUGGAUUGUAGUGCCAUCGUCCUCAUCUUCUUUCUCUGAUUUGAGGUUAGCUCAGAAUCAAGUCUCUAGCUUUCUAGUUAUUGUACAGCAUCUGAUGCAAGGAAGUCCGGAGAACCAAAUGCAACUCUUGGCUCGCACUGGAAUACCUACCAUAGGAGCCCUCAUGCAAAGGGUUCCAGGACACUGCAUUGAUGUGAACGUCCUAAUGGCAGUGCAGCUGCUGGUUGAAAAUGCGAGCAGUGUUGAGAAUGCUCAAGAAAUGCUGCAGCUUGUGUAUCAGCACAUACUGUUCGACUUUAGAAUUUGGAGCAAAGGAAGUUUUGCUGUGAGGCUAGGGCACAUUCAAUAUCUAACCACUAUAAUCAAGGAGGAUCGAAAAUACUUCAGGAAAAAGUAUGGACCCAGGUUUAUGCUAGACAUGGUGCAAAUGUUUUACAGUGAUUGCAGCCUGCUCACAUCUGACGAUGUCAAGACAAUCCGAAUGGCCGUCCUCUCUCUGGUCAAAUUCUACAUGAUGCGUGAUGUCAGCAUUCAAGAUGUCAGUGCAGUUGUGUCUUAUGUGCUGUCACAGAGAAAAGAAGAACUAGCAAAGGAGAUGAUUGAGAUACUGUUGCAUCUACUUGAGAGCACAUCUACGAAAGAUCAGCUUGUGCUUUUGCUCUACGAACCCAACUGCGCCGAGCUGUUUUACUGCAUUUUACUCAACAGAGAGUUCUCCAGUUGCACCAAGGUUAAAGUUCUAAAGGUGAUUCAAGCACUACUCAGGUCCGACAAAGUUUAUGAGAAGUCUAAGUCACGGCUACGACUGGCUGAAGUAGGAUUUUCGUCUUUAACUGGCUUGCUAUCACCAAAUGAAGUCACUAGUGAAGUAGCCAGGGAGCUUGUCAACUUGAUACUCAUGUCAGAUAUUUCCCAAGCAUUUCCAGGCCUUCUUGCUGUGCUGAAUCUUAUCAAGAACAUGGAUAUUGAACUCAAGUUUUAUGCUGCAAAGAAGCUUCUUGCAGUGCUGACUGACAGUGCUGCGCUGCUACCACAGCUUGCUGCGCAGACAGGGUGGCAAGAGUGUGUCCUCAGCCUUCUCAUCAAGGAGCCCAUUUCCGAGUCUAAUUGCGCAAAUCGUGCUACCGUGCCCACACUUGACCUGAUUGACCUGAACUCCCUCGAAGCUGAUGCCAGUGCCGACUCUGAAAAACCAGGGUCACCCGUGUUGAAGCGUGGCACACUUCACCGCCUCUCCCAGAAGGCCCUGGUUGCUCAGCAGUCACUGGAGGAAAUCCUUCCUGGAUCGCCCAAAGCAUCCCAAAUCUUCACCCACCUCAAGGAGCACAUCUUUGAUUUUGAGAUCACUCAGUUGCUUGGAAGUGCUCGGUCCCGUACCAACAGCCAGUGCUCAAGCCAGGAGGACCUGGCGUCCGACGCGGCCCAACGGAGCAGCCCCGUUUCCGUCACUCCUUCCUCCUUGCGUAAGGCUCCUGAUCAAAGCCCACGCAUCUCGCCAGCGCAUAAGAUGUUGGGAACAUCACCAGUGCGAAGCCCAGUGGAGAACGGCCUGAGUGGCGGCACUGAGGAACAACUGAUUGACUGCGUCGUGGAGGCAGCGUUUCUCCUUGCUUGGCGUGGCAUCGAGGGUUCUUCUAAACAGUGUUGGAUGGAACGAGGACAAGUGUUAGUAUGCGUCAACAAACUAGCCCUGACCAAUGAGCUUGUUGCCUCACACCUGGAGAUCAAGCGGAAGCUUUUCGAAAGGCUGCUUCAGGCCUGUUGCACAAGCCUACAGGAAUCAGGUAGCUAUGGACAGGCCAAUGCCACCCACGCUGAGAAUGCAUCCGAGCUUAUGAAGCUGGUUUUCGACUUUGUCUGCCAUGAAAAUGUCGAGGAUGAGAGCCGAUUGAGUGAGAAGCUCCUGGAGCAUGUCCUGAUGGUGAUGGACCUACUGAUGGUAUUUGGUGAGUCACCAGGAGAUGAGGGUUGGGAGGACAUGUCCAAGCUGGCCUUGGGCAUCCUGCUCGUGUGUGCUGCGAGCCACAAGCUGGAGCUCUGUGCAAUGGCCACGGCUCGGCUGCACACACUCGUGCAAACCCGCCCAUUCGCAUCGCUUGAGGAGUCCUGCUACCUGCUCACUGGAGUGAACACUGUCCUCGCCAGAGCAGUCAAAGAUGGAGAUCAGGAACAGUACUCGUUUGUGAUUCCUGUCGUGCGUGCUCUGCUGGAGAGAGUUGGCCUGAGGUUACGGACCUGGCAGCACCUGCCAUCUCAGCCUAACAUGGACGCUGGCCCGGCCUUUUUUGACCAGUUCCAGAAAUAUGCCCUCACACCAGAAUGGACUUCGUUUGUUUCUAAUGUGGUAAAACCAGUACAAGAGCAGUACAGCUCUAUGCUUAUUAGGGAGCAGCAUGAGGCCAUGAAUGGCUUCUGGAAUCAGUGCUACGAAGGCAUCAUGGUUGCCAUGCAUCGGCGGAGCAGAGGGGUCGGUGAGAGCAAGCUUCGAUUUCAAUCUCAGGUCCUGAGUGCAUUUCAAACCCGGCUGGUGGAGGAGCAGCAGCGGAUACUUGCAGUGCAAACAAACCUCAGAAACCAGCACUUGUUCAUCUGCCGACGGUGGAAAGCCACCAAGCUUUUUCUUACUGGUCCCUGUGGUCCCUGGGCAUCAAGUGUCAUCAAGCCACUUUACUGGAAGCUGUCCCAGCAGGAGAACUUUGCCAGGAUGCGGCUGAAACUGACCCUGAACCACAAUUUUGACAGCCACUACCAGGCUAGCUGUCUACGAGACAACCAAGGUAUCCUGACAAACCAAAACACAAGUUGGCUUCCACCAAUCACGGCCGAGGCCAAAGCCAUGCAAGAAAAGGAAGACGUUGUUGCCGAGGAAGACAUCCAAGCUCUGCAAGGACAAGUGCAGGACUUGGAAAACCCCGAUGGCAUAAUCGAUAAAAAGAAGCCCGUGAUAGAGGAAGACUGUGAGCUUGUGACACUUAUGAAGGUUGUCAAAGGCCGAUUUGAGGUCACUGCAACUCAGAUCUACUUUAUUGACCUCUCACCAGUGAGGGAAGAAGGUGAAAGGCACGACUUCACAUAUCCCUUGCACAUGCUGCGAGAGGUGCACCUGCGACGCUACAAUCUGCGUCGCUCUGCCCUGGAGUUCUUUCUUGUUGACCAGACCAACUUCUUCCUGAACUUCACUACUAAGAUACGAAACAAGAUAUUUGGCCGUGUGGUGGCCCUGCAUCCUCCCAACCUGCUGUACUCAUCUGGGACGCGCUCUCCAGCUGAGUUGCUCCGUGCAUCUGGGCUCACCCAGCGCUGGGUGAACCGGGAAAUCUCCAACUUUGAGUACCUCAUGCAUCUCAACACCAUUGCAGGACGAACCUACAAUGACCUCAGCCAGUACCCUGUUUUUCCCUGGGUCCUGGCAGACUACACUUCUCCCAAGCUUGACUUUGACAGCCCUUCUAUUUACCGAGACCUGUCACGUCCAAUCGGCAUCGUCAACCCGAAGAACAUUGAGGAGGUUAAGGCCAAGUACGACAGCUUUGUGGACAUCACUGGCACAGUGGAGAAGUUUCACUACGGUACCCACUACUCCAACUCAGCAGGCGUCCUUCAUUAUCUAGUGCGCCUGGAGCCAUUCACUUCCCUCCACAUUGAGUUGCAGAGUGGCAGGUUCGACGUGGCAGACCGUCAAUUCCACUCUGUGGAAGGCACAUGGAAAAUGCUCAUGGAAAGUCCGAAUGACGUCAAGGAACUCAUUCCCGAGUUCUUCUACCUACCAGAAUUCUUGACCAACAUGAAUGCAUUUGAUUUAGGGCGACUCCAAGGAACAAAAGAACAGGUUGAUGAUGUCAGGCUUCCUGCUUGGGCAACAUCUCCCGAGGACUUCAUUUACAAGCACAGGAAAGCAUUGGAAUCGGAGUAUGUGUCCCUACACUUGCAUGACUGGAUUGACCUCAUCUUUGGCUACAAGCAGAAAGGCCCGGCAGCUGUUGAAGCUCUGAAUGUCUUUUACUAUGUCUCCUACGAAGGGGCUGUGGACCUUGAUGCAAUCAAAGACCCUGUCCAGCGUGAGGCUACUGAAGGAAUCAUCAACAACUUUGGCCAGACACCUUGUCAGCUCCUAAAGGAACCUCACCCAAGAAGGCUCUCUUAUGAGGGAGCCAUGCUACGAAUGACCAAGUCUGACACAAAGCCCCCAAACCUCUUCCUCUUCCUGCAAAACCUCAAGGCCUAUGUAGUGGAUGCUCCGCUGAGCUGUCCAGUCGUGCACGUGAAUAUCCCUCGGUCACCAGCACGUUCCUUUAUGCAACAUGGCCUCAUGGAUACCUUGGUCACCGUAGGUUAUGAUGGCUCACUUGGGGUGCAUGGCUGGCUGCCCUACGACAGAACCCGGUCUUAUCCCAACUAUUUCACCUUUGAACGGGAUCCGAACAUACAAAACCCCAAAAGUGCCAAGAAGUUGGCCGGAGUGUUCCAGCCAGGGGCCAAGGUGCACAGCCGCCUGUUUGUGCUAAGCUCGGAUGGCAAGUUCCUUGUUUCUGGAGGCCAUUGGGACAACAGUGUACGGGCCUACAGCCUGUUGCGUUCGAAGCAGGUGGCACACGUGAUUCUGCACAAAGAUGUGGUCACAAGCCUCGCUACAGACACCUGUGGAAUGUACCUCAUGACUGGUUCUCGUGAUACAACAUGCAUCAUCUGGGAGCUAAACCAAUUGGGAUCUGGGAGUUUCCUUCCCAACAAGCCAUUUCAGAUUCUGUGUGGACAUGACAGCGAGGUGACUUGCGUUGCAGUAAUCACAGAACUCGACAUGGCUCUCUCUGGAUCAAAAGAUGGAACCGUGAAUGUCCACAGCGUGCGUGAAGGCCACUUCUUGCACACCCUACGGCUUCCUGGUGACAUGCCCGAACAGGUGGCGCUGCUGUCUGUUUCACACCUGGGAUUCAUCUGCGUUCACAGCUGCCCGGAUCCUCAGGCACUCCUGAAAUCUGGUUAUGUGCUCCAUCUAUACACGAUCAACGGGAAGUAUCUGCUGAGGAAGGAAGUGGCAAGGGCCAUUUCGGAUAUGAUCAUCUGUGAUGAUUAUCUUAUCACCGGUGAUGAAGAAGGACUGCUUGUCAUCUACGAAUUGUUCGGCUUGGCCGAAAAGGUUUCGCUACCGCUGUGCUCCCCCAUUUUGACGGUGGCUCGCACACCCACCAACUCGCACCUCAUCUGCAGCCUCAGCGAUGGAAAGCUCGUCGUCAUCGGAAUCUCGACGUCGUCGCUCCGUUCUUCCUCCUGAACAUCCUCAACGGUCGACUCAAAAGCGCCCUCUGCAUUCACGACCCAGGUGCCUGGAAGGGAACUGUCAGCAUUCCCUGACACUCCGACUCACCAAGUACACUUUUUGCAGUCUCCAAAUUAAGCACGAACAGAGAGAAGUAACCACUAACUACUAUAUUGCGAGGAACGCCACUGUAGCACAGAGAGCAUUGCAAGGGCUCGUGCAACAUUUUAAUUAAUUAUCGCACUUUAAGUUUUGUUAACAAUGUUGUUUUUAUCUUGUUGGCACCACUGGUUGUGACAGUGAAACUGUGUGAUUACUUGUUCUAGCACGCUUAUUUACUAGAUUGUAAAAGUCAUAUAUACUAUAUAUGUAUACACUCUGUUUUGGGGAAGAUGAUCAAUGCUUAAUGGCCAGAAGGUUUGCUGCAUUGCAUUGCAUAUUAUGUCGCAUUGAAUGUGCUAUACAGUAGUGGCCUUUGCAGGCAGUUUAUAUAGCUUGUUUUGCUGUUCCUGUGAUGCACUGCACCAUGUUGCAAUUCUUAGAUGCAAGUUUUUGCUUGAAGCUUAUAUAUACUGAUGUUCAAUGUGCCACGCUGGUGCAAACUGGAGUGACGAAACAUUGUACCAGAUUUCGGCACGUGAACCUUGCACACGUUUGACAUUAUCCGUGUUGGGUACAGUGAAUGCAUACGGCAUGUACCAUGAAAGUAUGCACUUACAGUGAAACUCUGCAAAGUUAGUCGCGUUGAAUUGCAUGUGGGGUGCGUGCAGUUCUUCAAAGCAGGCCCUUUGAAGACAGUGCAGUAAGAAUGAACUCUCUCGUGUCACUUUCGAUGUGCUCGUUUAUUAGUUUGACUCAGUGAGUGCAGCGUUAAUGGUUUGCAGUUUCAAUUUGAUAGAUUGCACGUAGUAAGUUGGUUUUUGUGGUUGUGGCUGCUAGUGCACGACAUAGGGGGGUAAAAAAAAUGUAAGCAGUUCGUUUGAGCACUUCCACUGAUUGCCAUACGUAUUUCAGGCUUGAUCUAACUAGCUUAUUUUUUAGGCUUUUCGGUGUUUUGUGAUGUUGAGUGUCUCUUAGAGUUGGUCUCUUUAGAGUUGUCUUGCAUAGUUUUACUGCCUCAAUCACGAGAGCAAGGAGCAAGUUUAGAACGUUGUUUGCAAGGAAGUAUUAUAGAAAUGAAAGUGCACAAUGACCUUGUAUCAUAGGAAUAGGGAUGUUCCAUGCGUGCCCUAGUGUCGGACAGUGGCUGCAAAACGAUCCGUGAAGCUGUAGCUGCUUAGAGUUCUAUUGUACAGAUUGCAGUGCCCAGACCACAAGUACACAUAGACUAGAUUGCUACACAAGUCAGUUGUACAUACAUAAAUCGUAAGCAUAUAUCUUUAGCGUAGUGACAUACUUUAGUACCGCACCCUGUUGGGGAAAUUUUCACAGUUCUACUAACCGUUGACGAAAGUGGGCUGAGUGAGUCGCCUCGCCUGCACAUACCAGAUUGCAGAGAUAUCUAUUACUGUGGACGCGAUAGCACAGAAUUCUCAGCUUGCUAUCUAUUUCACGCAUACUAAAUAGUAAGGAAAGGUAAAAUAGCCUAGAAACAUGGUCAGAACGCUGCGGGCUCUGUACGGCUGUGAAGGAGAUUUUGAUUGUGGCAGUCUUAACAAUGGUACGGUAGGUUACUUCCAAGGGGCCGAUGAAAUGUCAUAUACGCUAUGGUGCUAAGUAUUUAGUGUUGAAAAUGGUAGGACGGUCAACAGCGCCCCCCGUUGAAGGACGAAAUUUACAAGAAGGCUGGAAAACAGAAGUGCGUUAGUGUUUAGCAUUUGCAAGAUCUGGGCUGCUCGCUACAGACUUUCGUUCUUGCAUCAUUCCAAACUAAUCGACAGGGUGUUGGCUAGUGCAGCAGUGAUGAUCAUUUAGCUUUUGAGUGUUAGACAUUUAGAGACAGCUUCGCUACUCUUAGAAGCUGAAAUGUUGUGUCAGCAAAGCUGAGAUGAACUUAAUGCGGGGCAGUGUACUUACACAAAGCAAGAGUGCUUAAAGUCACAUCCUGGCUGCUUUCUUUUUUUUUUGUUUUUGUUGGGCAGUACAUUGUUGUAGUCACUUUAUGCAAUGUUAUAUGCACACGCAGAAUGUCUGAUGUGGGAGUCAGUCAGAAACAGGCUCAUGGGAAGCGAACCCUUCAAAAAGAGGGUUUGCAGCUAACGUUCACUUGUUGCGUUUUUUUAUACUAAUGGUUGUUGAUAUAUAUCUACAUAUAUAUGUAUACAUAUACCAGUUGGCGUUCAUUGUUUUCCUAAGACGAGAAGAAGCCUUGUUUACAGUUUACUCUGUACAUUUGUGUAAAUACGUCAUGGAGAAUGCCGGACACUGCAAUUUAUUUAAUAGACACAUAUCUAAAUAAAACUAUUGCAACUACAAA